AUGCCCGACCGGCCGUCUUCGCCGGCGGCAGAGGUCCAGACCCGGCCGCUGCCGCCACCGCCGCCGCCGCCGCCGCCGCCGCCAGCCACCGACCGUGAUCCGGAUGAGCCACCGCCGGCCAAGAAGAAGAGGACCCGGACACGCACGGGAUGUCUCAACUGCCGCCGCAAGAAACGCAAGUGCGAUGAGGGAAGACCGGCCUGCGGAGGCUGCGCUCGCCGGAAGGAGCGGUGCGAAUGGGGCAUCAAGGUCACCUUCCGCGCCGAGAAUGCUCAGACGAUUAUGCAAGACCAUCCUUCAAUGAGGAAAGCAAGGAGACCUCCUCCCCGUCGGCAUUUUGAGAUUCUCGACGUCACGAGCGAGGUCAUCCGCGAUUAUCACCUACCACCUGGCUUCCACGACUACGACUCUGAUCCGGAACCCGAACCUGAGCCUGAUCUAUCGCCGGCAGAGCCACAGGGUGAAGGAGAUCGUCGCAAGGCCUACGACGAAGAGGAAGCAAAGACUUUUGACAGCCCUGCCUCAUACACAACAUCGACGGCAGGGGGUCACACGGCAUCUGUAGCUGGCUCAAGUACAGCAAAGCGAACACUAUCGUCUUCUGGGCCGAGUUCUGCGCCAACAGACCCCAAAUCAAUACCGAUAUCCGGCUUCGGCUCGCUGCUGACGCCCUCGACGCGUCGAGAUGACGAUGCCAGCGACAAAGGCCAUGCGCACUCGGGAGACCGCAUGGAUUUCCAAGCAUCGCCUACCUCCGCGUCCCAGAUGAUAACGGACAAUGCCGUUGCGAACUUGUUAUACCUUAGUCAGGGCGGUGCCGGGCAGGGACCACACGAUCAUCACGCCACAACCUCGGUCAGCGGCAUACCCGUCACAACCCUCGCUCUCGAAUCUCUGGUGGACGCACCCUUCGAAUUUAUGGAUCAAAUGUUCACACCCGAAGGUUCCUACGAGGACGGAAUAUUCUUGCCCGGCUCCGCGUACCACGAAUUACAUUCAACCCUGAGGCAACACCUCAUUCAGGAGGUACGAUCAAAUGGCCCGACGAGGCCGGCGUCGCCUGCCUCCGGGGAAAGCUCGAGACGAAGAUCCGUCGACGCGAGCUCUGGGGAAACCUCAUCAGCCGAGGCCCCUCAGUCCGCCGGCGAAAUAUCGUCAGAUCACGAGCCACCCUUUUUGCCCCUUGAAGAGGAGUGUGCUUUAUGGAAAAAUUGGGUCGACGAGAUCUCACCCUGGCUGGACAAGUUUGACAACCAACGACACUUCCAACACUCCCUACCGACAAUGGCUCGAUCAUACGACCACUUACGCUACUCCAUGCUUGCCCUGUCAGCCAGGCAAUUGGAAUUGAAGAAUAGGGACCGACCAACCGACCAAAGCCUUGCGCUCUACCAAGAAGCAAUACACCUCUUACUACCACAACUAUCUACACGAACAACAGCCGUGAUAGCAUCAUGCGUGGUGCUGUGCGUGCUCGAGAUGGCCAGCUGUUCUCCUAAAGCCUGGCGAAGACAUCUCGACGGCUGCGCUAGUCUCAUGGAAGCAGUUGGCAUGAAUGGCUUCGUGGGCGGUGUCGAGCAGGCCCUCUUCUGGUGCUUUGCCCGCAUGGAUGUUUGCGGCGGUUUGAUUUCGUCGGUGAAAACUUUGAUCCCGGUAAACCACUGGGCGCCACAAAUCGACCUGGACGCAGACGCCGCCCUGUUCCUUUCCAGCCCCGGCAACGACAUGUGGGCAAAUUACGCGGUUUACAUCUGCGCUCAAGUGCUCGACCUCCUGGCCCCGCUGGCCAAAGCAAACCCGGGCGGGCUCUUUUUCGACGGGCCUAGGAAUGAUAUGAGAUACCGAGCCGGCCUCGCUACGGUUAUCCCCGAGGCCACGAUCAGCGCUCUGGCAUGCCAGACAAAUAUGCGGAAUAUCAAUGACUAA